UUUCAAAGCAUGAGUGUGUUUUCAAAGAAGAGCUAGGGACAUUAAAAGGGGUCCAAGCUACCUUUCAUGUUGCUGCUGAUGCUACUCCCAGAUUCUAUAGGCCAAGAUCAGUUCCAUAUGCCAUGAAGCCUAAAGUGGAUGUGGAAAUUGACAGACUCUUAGCAGAGGAUAUAAUUGUACCUGUCAAGUUUUCUGAGUGGGCAGCACCAGUUGUUCCCAUACUAAAACCAGAUGGUUCAAUCAGAUUAUGCGGUGACUAUAAGCUGACUGUAAAUAGAGUUUCUUCUCUGGAGCAGUACCCCAUACCCAAAGUGGAGGAUUUGCUUUCAACGUUAACCGGAGGGCAACAGUUUACAAAACUGGACAUGAGUCACGCAUAUCAGCAAGUGCUAAUGGAUAAAGCUUCACAGAAGUACCUGACCAUAAACACCCACAGAGGGAUGUUUACCUAUAAACGCUUACCUUUCGGGGUGUCUUCUGCACCAGCUAUCUUCCAAAGGACUAUGGAGGGAAUUCUGCAGGGGAUACCCAAGGUAGCAGUUUACCUCGACGACAUUCUUGUCACGGGAGUCACGAAGGAGGAACAUCUCAGAAACUUAGGUGAAGUUUUGAGGAGGAUGGAGGAUGCCGGUCUCCGGCUGAAGAGGAGCAAGUGUACACUGUUAGCUGAUGAAGUGCAGUACCUGGGUCACAAGGUGGAUGCCAAGGGGUUACACACUGUCAAAGCUAAAGUGAGGGCUGUUGUGGAAGCUCCAGCUCCGACAAACGUUACAGAGCUGAAAGCCUAUCUAGGCUUACUGAACUAUUACAAUCGCUUCCUCCCGAACCUCUCUACCCUCUUAGCUCCUCUACAUCAACUGCUAAGGAAGGAUGUGGCCUGGAAAUGGUCAGAAAGACAGGAAGAAGCUUUUGCAAAGUCAAAGGUGUUACUGCAAUCAGCUGAAGUGCUAGUGCACUACUCAGCAGACAGAGAUCUCAUCUUAUCGUGUGAUGCCUCAUCGUAUGGUGUGGGGGCGGUGCUAUCCCACCGGAUGGAGAAUGGUGCCGAGAAACCUAUCGGGUUCAUGUCAAGAACGUUGUCGCCAGCGGAGAAAAAGUACUCUCAGCUGGACAAGGAAGGACUGGCUGUCAUAUUCGGAAUACAGAGAUUCCACAAGUACUUGUACGGGAGAACAUUCACUAUUGUGACGGAUCAUAAACCUCUGAUCUCGCUGUUCCAUGAACAAAAGCCAGUACCACAAAUGGUCUCUCCAAGAGUUCAACGUUGGAAUGUGUGGCUCAGGGCCUACGAGUACAGAAUCAUUUACAAACCAGGUAGAUACCAUGGGAAUGCUGAUGCUCUGAGUAGGCUGCCUGUUCCAGAAAUCAUCAGUCAGGAAGAAGAAAAUGACCAAGUCUUGAUGAUCGACGUGUUGGAUGAUGCACAGGUGAACACAGCACAAAUCAGGCAAUGGACUUCAAAGGAUGUGACGUUAUCACAAGUGCAUGCAUUUAUCCUGAAAGGAUGGCCUACAGUGACAGAGCCUCAGAUCAUGCCUUACUACACUCGCCGCUUGGCAUUGAGUGUUCGAGAUGGAUGUGUUCUGUGGGGUUCAAGAGUAGUUAUCCCACCACAAGGGCGGGGGUUGCUACUGAAGUUGUUGCAUCAGUCGCAUCCAGGUAUGUCGAGGAUGAAAGGCCUAGCGAGGUCAUAUGUCUGGUGGCCAAAGAUGGACCACGAUGUGGAAAAUGAGGUUAGCCGGUGUGAGGAUUGUCAGAGUAACAGGAAGUCACCCCCCACCGCUCCAUUACAUCCUUGGGAAUAGCCAGAAAAACCAUGGACACGAUUACAUGUGGACUACGCUGGACCUUUCCUAGGGAAAAUGUUCCUUGUGCUGAUUGAUUCUCAUUCAAAGUGGAUGGAUGUUUACCCCAUGAACACGUCAACAUCGUACGCUACGAUUGAGAAGUUGAGACAAAGCUUCAGUGUUAUGGGAUUGCCUCAAAUGUUGGUUAGUGACAAUGCUACUUGUUUUACAAGCACUGAAUUCACAAGUUUUAUGAAACAAAA